UGCCGAGUAGAAUUAUAAAUUCAUGGUGCUCUACGGUGUUUUUAGAUAAUUUGAAAUGUAAGGUGUUCCUUCGUUUGGUAAACAUACAAAUUUUAGUCUUGCUAUGGUUAGUAAAAAAAUUGGUAAUAUUGCAGCUUUUAACUUUCUGUGAAAAUGAACGAGAUCAAUCCUUUUCUGUCUACAGAGAGGUAAAAUCUCUGGUGUGACUGUUGUCUUUACUUUCACAGCAAGACUUAAAUUGUUUCUUUAUUUUAAAAAAAGCUGUAUUUUGAAAGCAAAUCUCAAAAUGCUGAACCUUAUAAAGGAGAAAACAAAGGUCUGAUAUAUGUGGCACAUGGCUGAACUCGAGAAGACUUGUCCACUACAAACGAAGGUACCAUGUAAAAAGCAUUGAUAUGGGUGCUAGUGCCAAGUAAAAAGCACCCAGUACACUCUGUAGAGUGGUUGGCAUUACGAAGGGCAUCCAGCCAUAGAAACCAAGCCAAAACAAACUAUGGAACCUGACCAUGUCAGUUCCUGUCAAACCAUCCAAAGCAUGCCAGUAUGGAAAAUGGAAGUUAAAUGAUGAUGGUGUUAUUUUUCAAAAUGUUCAGAUACGUAGAAGGGCACUUGUGGACAGCAGGAGAAUGUACCAAUAUAAAUUUAAUUUAGAAACAAGAAGAUUGAUGUUUUAAUCAUGUAGGGGCCUCAAACUUGGUGUAGCUAAAACACCAUCUAAAGAUUUGUUUAGUUGUAGCAAAAACUGUUGGAACCUUUUGAAGUGUGUUCAGUGAAACACAAAAUAGAAAUCAAAUUAAUAUUUUAUCAAUGCUAAUUAACAAAGCUAUUUAAGUAGCAGGAAGACAAUUAUUAUUACUGCCUAAACUGUCUAGAAGCAGAAGUAAGCAAUAAAGCAGUCAAUUCUCCCUCAAAUCACAUAACCCCACCAACUUAAAAAAAAAACAAAAAAAACCAACAUCAGAUAAUAUACUCCACACUCUUGUUUGAUUGAAUAGAUGAUGGGAUGGUCACAUUUGGAAUACCUUUGAUCAUAGGUUAACUGGAUACGGACUGACCUAGGGUUAAACAGCAACACAGUAAAUAUAAAAUUUUGAAUGAGUGCAAAGUAAAAUCUAAAUUCUACCCUGGGUGUUAUAUAAUUUUUCUAUUAGUCCCCUACUUGAAAUCUAACAGUCAUGAUUCAGGGGUGUCCAUGUUAAAUGUGUAGGUCCUACUUGGUGAUAACCACCCUGGGGCUACAACAACAACAACAACAACAACAACGGCAACAACAACCACCAUCCUCUUAAGUUUCUCAAAAUAAUCUAUAAAACAUCUUAUUAAUUGGAAAUCAAUAUUUGAUUAACAUAACCUAUAAUUGUUGAAACACGUUUUUUUUUUUUAACUUUUUGUUUUUUUGUCUCAAAACAUUGAUUUGUAUUUGUUGUUGUUUGUCGUUUUAUGAAAAUUUGUUUGUGUUUUUUUUUUUUGCUUUUUUUUUCGUUGUUUUGUUUUGCAGAUAGCACAGCUGGUACAGAGAAUGAUGAAAAAUUGGGGAUACCCCCAAAUGCUGAAAGCUAUAUAAUGACUGAUACAGAUAUGGGACAUUCACAGAACAGGAUACCAAAAUCAUCAAUUGGCAGUGAAUUUACUGCUGAAGAUGAUCCAACUCCUCUGCUUGAAGACGAUAACAUUUCAACAAAUACUUCGGAUUAUCUGGAACCAUCGAAGCUUGAAACUCCCAAAUACCUGGAACUCAUAUCUGACAAGUCAAAUGCCACAACAGGUAAACAAGUCGUUCGAGGGGCUCGACCAAAGACAAAUUCUACUUCAAGCUUUUGUAAUUCUCCGCCACAACUUCCAGAUAAAUGCCAUCAAAAUGGAGCCAAAACAAAUAACAACAACAAUAACGAGAAUCUCACCAAUAACGGAUCCACAAAAUCAAAAGGUUCUACAGGAGCACGGCGCAAUUUCCAAGGUCUGCAUUAUGCUCAGCUUGCGACUUGCAGUACCGAUUCUUCGGUUGAUGAAAGCGAUGACGAAAGUUGUACAGAGAUGAAUUACAUCACACCUCAAGUGAGUAUGUCCUGUACUUUGUUAAAUCAAGUACAAAACGAACCGGGACAUCAACGACAUCUGAGCAAGCAGACCUCUGCACCAGCCCCACUCCACAAUAACUCCUUGUCUAAUGAAGGAAUAUGGGUAAACAGUGGUUCUAUGGACAAUCAAAACUCAAAUAGUUUCCUCUUCCACAAUUCAUGUGCAUCACCAACCAAAUUACAAGUUUGGGCAGACAAAAAUAGGAAUUUAGUCAGUAAGAACAACGCUGUUCUUGCUAUUUCUGAUUGCCCAGAAUAUAUAAACACACCACAGCCCAACUCUUUGAACUAUCCUUCUGGGCAGCAAACUGCUACUGGAACCCCUAUUUUCAGUUCCCAGCCAACUCUUGUUUGAUACAAAUAGCUGGUACCAUGACUCGUUCAUUAUUAAUUAAUUAAGCUGUACAAAAACAAAAGAGCUUUGACCACUGGUCAGUCAUAAACAGCUGCCAUAAACUCCAGUUUCUUUCCUCAUGCAAUGAAUCUCAGUUUCUAUUGAAGAAUUAAAAAGAAAAAAAAAAUAAUAAACAAUGACCAAUCACUAAGUAACAGACACUGGACUAAUUC